GGUGUGCCGCAGGCAGGCUUCCCAUCCCCCAGCCGGCCUCCGGGCUGCCCUACGGGACUCUGAUACCCUGCGACCCUCUCCGGCUGUGCUUAACCGGAAUUUGGCCUUUCCUGCUGGGGCCCACGCCGCCUUCCCUGCGGCUCCCAGUCAGCGGGGUGUCGUCCGGCAGGCGCGGGGAGGCCGGAGCGGCGCCUGGCGGCGACCUAGAGGUGCGUGGUGGAACAACGCAGCAGCCCGCUUCCCUCUCUCGCUUAGCGAGGGGUUUGUGAGGUGACUCUACCUGAAUUUUCCAGCUGCAGAAUGUGUAGUACUUUUAAAGGUUGGCAAUGAUGAGUAAACUGGAAUUAAAGGAAGACAAGAUGCUGGAGGUUCAGUUUGUGGGAGAUGAUGAUGUCCUUAAUCACAUUCUUGAUAGAGAAGGAGGAGCUAAAUUAAAAAAGGAACGAGCUCAGCUUUUGGUCAACACAAAAAAAAUUAUAAAAAAGCCAGAAUAUGAUUUGGAAGAAGAUGACCAGGAAGUCUUAAAAGAUCAGAACUAUGUGGAAGUUUUAGGACGAGAUAUUCAAGAAUCCUUGAAAAAUGGCUCUGCUGCAGAUGGUGGGAAUAAAGUUUAUUCUUUUCAGAAUAGAAAACACUCUGAAAAGAUGGCCAAAUUAGCUUCAGAACUAGCAAAAACACCAAGAAAAAAUGUUUCAUUCAGUUUGAAGAAUGAUCCUGAAAUUAUGAUAAACAUUCCUCAGUGUAGUAAGGGGCAUUCUGCUUCAGACAAAGUUCAGUUGAAGAACAGCGAUAAAAGUGAAUUUCUGUCGACAGCACCUAGUGGUCUAAGGAAAAGAUUAAUAGUUCCAAGGUCUCAUUCUGACAGUGAAAGUGAAUAUUCUGCUUCCAACUCAGAAGAUGAUGACGGGGUUGCACAAGAAUAUGAAGAGGACACUAAUGAAGUCAUAUUGAGCCAAAAGAUUCCAUCUCAGAAUAGAGCCCUUUCAGCUCCUAUUUGCAAAGAAACACCUUCUAAGAAAAUGAAAAGAGAUAAAACACAAACUUUGCAUAACUUACUGAGCAAAGUUUCUCCUUCCUUUUCUGCUGAACUUAAACAACUAAAUCAACAAUAUGAACAAUUAUUUUAUAAAUGGAUGUUGCAGUUACGCCUGGGGUUCAACAUUGUGCUUUAUGGUUUGGGUUCUAAGAGAGAUUUACUAGAAAGGUUUCGAACCACUGUGCUGCAAGAUUCCAUUCACGUUGUCAUCAACGGCUUCUUUCCUGGAAUAAGUGUGAAAUCAAUCCUGAAUUCUAUAACAGAAGAAGUCCUCGAUCAUAUGGGUACUUUCCGCAGUGUAUUGGAUCAGCUAGACUGGAUAGUAAACAAAUUUAAAGAAGAUUCUUCUUUAGAACUCUUCCUUCUCAUCCACAAUUUGGAUAGCCAAAUGUUGAGAGGAGACAAAAGUCAGCAAAUUAUUGGACAAUUGUCAUCUUUACGUAACAUAUAUCUUAUAGCAUCUAUCGAUCACCUCAAUGCUCCUCUCAUGUGGGAUCAUGCAAAGCAGAGUCUUUAUAACUGGCUCUGGUAUGAAACUACUACAUAUAGUCCUUAUACUGAAGAAACCUCCUAUGAGAAUUCUCUUCUGGUUAAACAAUCUGGAUCAUUACCACUUAGUUCCCUAACUCAUGUCUUACGAAGCCUUACCCCUAAUGCAAGGGGGAUUUUCAGGCUACUAAUAAAGUAUCAGCUGGAUAACCAGGAUAACCCUUCUUACAUUGGAUUUUCUUUUCAAGAUUUUUACCAACAGUGUCGAGAGGCAUUCCUGGUCAAUAGUGAUCUGACACUUCGGGCCCAGUUAACGGAAUUUAGGGACCACAAGCUUAUAAGGACAAAGAAGGGAACUGAUGGAGUGGAAUAUCUAUUAAUUCCUGUGGACAAUGGAACACUGAGUGAUUUCCUGGAAAAGGAAGAAGAGGAGUCUUGAAGUUGUCCUUUACUCUUGAAUCUUUUGUGGAAGGAGGGGUUGUACCCCAGCUGCCACUCCUCUAGUCUAAAGUGUUGUGUUUACAUCUAACAUUAGACUCUUCCAGUGUACAAGACUGAAGAUGGGAGGGGAGGAAUGUCAUCAGUUAGAACCUUGAUUAGCCUGGCUGGUGUACCAUCUCUAUACUAUGCAGCGGUCCUCAAGUUGGAGAAAACGUGCCUUUCAUUCAUUACCUCUCUGGAGACUUCUUGCUGGAAUGAACAGUGUGCUCAGGGACUAUUUGGAGCUGGAUGUUUUUGAAUUCUUUUAUACUGGAGAUAUUAUUCCUAAUUUUUUGAGGGCCUUUUAAACACUCCCAGAGCUGAUUGUUUGCAAAUGUGUUUGUUCCAGAGCAUGGAAGUACAAAAACAGUGACAUCACAUAAAUCUAUUUGCUGUUCUGUCAGAGCUGACGAGUGUAAAGGCGGCAGAUCAUCUUCCUGUUCUUAAAAGGCUUAAAAAAGGUGUGUAAGACUGGGGAAGAGUAGGUGAUCUAGCUUUCUCCUUUUGGAUUUAGACUCCAUGCUGGUGGGGUGGGGGAAGAGGGAAUGACCCUCUUCAGUUGGGAUAGUGGGAAAAGCAUAAUGAGCAUAUCGGGUGUAUACCCACCUUAGAAAGCACAUGAACAAUAAUCGUGAUACUUGGAACAGCCAACAUCUGCGCCAUCACCUUCAUGACACAAGUAAGAAGCCAGGCUACAGAAACACAGUCCUGAAUUACAUUUUAGGCAUUGUUUUCAAGACAACAGGAAAAAAAAAUGUAAUUAUUCUUGCAUUGACAUUUUUCUUCAAUAACUUAUGAGUAGCAUAUUAAUGGCUGAUUUUAAUCUUGACUUCUCUAUCAAGUAGACCCAAAACUCACUGUAAGAUGUUUCGGUUUUUUUCUUAAAGUAACAAUUUCAAGCCCUCUAAAUAUUUACACGAGCCUUUUUCCUUAGGAAAGAGAAAAAGGCUAACUUUGGCCACUGCUCAGCUUAUAGUCUUCACAUACUCUCUAAAAUACUUCAUACUUGGAAAUGAAAUUUUUCAAUAAAAUAUCACUGUAAUUGAAACUGCUGAUGCGGUACAUACUUUAUUUUGUAAAGCCCUUUCAUGAAACUGUUUCCCAAAAUGCUCAGAAUUUAAGUCUUUUCUCUUUGUGGCAUAUAAUUUGUUAAAUCCAUGGAUAAGGGUUUAGUCAUAUAUAAUCAAAAUAUUUUAAAAAACUAGUACAUGAAUUUGAUUCUAAAAAUUUUUGUUACCAAAGGAUAUUCAAUAAAAAGUGAGUUUCCUUCCCCUUCACCGAUCCAGUCCCUUACGCAACCAGUGAUAGUUUAUUCCUCCAGAGGUAUUCUAUGCACACGGAAGGGUAUGUGUCUGUAUCUCCUUUUAAAAACACAAAUGGUAGCAUAUGAUAUGUGCUCGUUUGCACCUUGCUUUUUUUGCUUAAUAUAUGUAGUUUAUAACUUGUAGUAUAAAAGGUAUAUAAAAUCUUUAAUGACCUAAUAUGCAAAUUUUGCAUUUGCCCCUAAAUAUCUACUGGUUUAUUUUUAUAAUUUUUGUGUCCAUACUACUAAUAAGCAGUAUGUGUCAACAGUCUAUUAAUAAAUAAAAAGCCAAUUUGGAUAGAACCACUUUUUUAUAGUACUGGUUUUUUACUAAAAAUAUUUUUAAGUCCUUCAAAAAUUUAUAAGUGCAUCUUACAGAUCUGAAGAUCUGUAAUUCUGCUAAUUAUUCUACACUCUUCAUUAACUUGUUUCAGUAUCAAUGUUCCUUAUACUCUUACCGGUUAAAGAGCUUGACUGCUAAGGCUCCCAACUUCUGUUACUUGCUUCUGACAAGAGUGAACAGACUGAAAACCUUGAAAGAUUUUUCUGACUGCUCUUAAUAAAAUGGCCAAAUCGGGG